UUGGCACCGUAACUAGAGUAAUUCUCAACAACGGUGCCUCGUCAUCCUUGUGUACUGUGAGACACCAUCCGAGAUCAUUAUUAUUUAUUUAAUAAACAUACUAGCCAGUAUUGUGCUUGUGUGAGGCACGGACGUGGUCUCAAAUAGUCAUUAGUCAAAAAAUAGAAGAAGCUCUUGAUCAGUUCUUGACGAACGACAAAACCACCAAAGCAGAAGGAACGACUGUUCCUCGUAGCUGCUAGAUGCAUUUAGGAGCUAGCACAUUGUGAUUUAUCAAAGCCCAUUACUCGACUCCAAAUCACCCCAGUCUAAAGGACUUCAAUGGACUUUUUCUUUGAAGAAGCACCGGACUCAAAAUCCAACCACAACGAAGGACGUGAUAAGGACCCGCGGAUGUUACAAGUAGACAACGCAGAGGCCAGUUUGAGCAGGGAUGAUGACGUUGAAGAGAAUUGCAGCUCAAUCGACAUCAGCAGAAGAGUCCAGGAACUGGUUGAGAAGAUUCACGACCGCCGCACCAAUGACCAGAAAGAAAUUGAAAGCUUUCAGCAGAUUAUCAUGGAUAAGGUUACAGAGGUGUGCCAGCAAAUGAAGCAAGACAUGUACAAUGUCUAUGAAGAGAACAGCAGUGAGAUGCAGGGGAAGCUGCUGGAGUUGACCGAUGUGCUGGAAACAUGCACCAGGCUCCACACUGAGCUUCUGAAAGCCAGCCAUGUGCUGGCCAGCCUUCAAGAGGGCCUCACCGUCAGUCACACAGCAGAACCCAUCACAGAGUAGAUCAGAUUUAUGUUGACAGUGAUUUUUUUUUUUUUUUCCACUCAAGUUCUUUCUUCCUCCUUUCAG